UUCUGCUGGACAGGCUUUAACAGGCUUAAGUCUACCCUCCAAAAAUACUACUACUCCCUCCGUCCCAUAAUGUAAGACGUUUUUUAAAGUUACACUAGUGUCAGAAAAUAUCUUACAUUAUGAGACGGAGGGAGUACUAUUUAGUCAGCCAAGCUUCUUGUAAUGUAUUCAAUUACUUGAACUUUUUUUUUCUUUUGUUGAAUUAUUUAUUUCUCUUUUGGUAUGUGGGUAACCAUAUCACUUGAAAAUUACAUUGAGGUGUUUUACAUGCAAUAAUUGCAAUGGACUUGCUAAUUAAGUUUAGAAACUUAAUGUUUUUAGCUUACCCCUCCAUUCUCAUGCUACAUUGGUCCCUCCCCUGUGAGUACUACAUAACUUUAAAUUUCAUCUGCAGCAGCUGUCGAUUUUAAACUGCCGUAGCUAAGCCGGUCCCUACACGAACCAUGCACGUUGUGAAAUGUAAUUCUAUGUACUUGCCCAUGGGAUCAAUAUCGUCUCGACCCCAUGCUCUUAUCCACACAGAUCUUUGAGCCGUACGCCGUGUUCCCUCUGCAAUGCGUGCAUAUGGCGCUCAUGAGCGUAUGAACCAUCACGCGCCGUCCACGUCGCGUCGGCGACGUACGUACCUGGACCUGGUGCAACCGUACGUGUGCAAGGUAGAUACAAGUACUGCAUCAGCUCAAUUGCUCCUGCAUAUAUGCAGCAGCUGCACACACGUACGCACGCACAUCUACCACACCGUUCAUCAGCUGAAUAGCUACCUGCAGCCUAGCUAGCCCUAGACGACGGCGGUAACUCAUUACCUUCCAAGAGCGCGUGUGAAUAUGCUGAGCGGCGGUUACGCGGUGGUGCAGCAGGCGCUGGGAGCGGAGGCAGCGGGCGCGGUGAGCCAGGCGGCAUGCCUGGCGAGGCAGCGGGGUCACGCACAGGUCACCCCGCUCCACGUCGCUAGCGUCAUGCUCUUCUCCGCGCCGGGCGGCGGCGGCCUCCUCCGAGCUGCCUGCAUCCGGUCCUCUCACCCACCGUCUCAUCCGGUCCAGCUCGAGGGGCUCCAGCUCUGCCUCGAGUUUGCCCUCAGCCGACUCCCGAUGGCCUGGCCACCCGCGGCCGCCACGUUCCGCCACCGCGGUGUGGGUGCUCCGGUAUUGGCGCUAUCGAACGCUCUCAUGGCCGCGUUGAAGCGCGCGCAGGCGCACGGACGCCGAGGCACCACGGACGGCGGCCAGCGGCAGCCGCCAAUGAUCGCCGUCAAGGUCGAGCUGGAGCAGCUCGCGGUGUCAAUCCUCGACGACCCGAGCGUCGACCGCGCCAUGCGCGAGGCCGGUUUCUCAGGCUCCCGGGUGAAGGCCAACGUCGGGAAGGGUGCCUCGCCGGAGCAGUCUGAUAGCGUCCGCAUCCACCGUAGCGACGGCAUAACUUCUCCGUGUCCGAUUAACAAGAAGGUUAUGGCUACACAGACAUCCCCUGGAGCCGUUUGGGAUGUGCUCCAUCAGCCUGGCGUCGUCCCACAUGGAAGCCUCGCAUUAAGACCUAGCUACCAGAGAGGUGAUCAAGCGUGCCAAGCAAAACCAAGAGAAGCAGGGUGGUCGGCCUUUGUUAGCCUCACUAGGGUAGCCACAGCGACGUCAUGGCUCCAACUCCAGCAUGAUGCAAUCUCUACAUCCCAUUUCCACGGCACCGGUCUACAGCAGCCUACCUGCCGGCAACAGAAGUUCAGCGAGCUCACCGCAGAAAAUCUUAAGAUUCUAUGCGAUGCGCUCGAACUGCGCGUCCCGCGGCACAAGGACAUCAUCCCCGCAAUAGCGGGCACCGUGCUGCAGUGCCGAUCCGGCAUGAGGAGGCCAGCCGCAUCGACGACGUGGCUGCUCUUUCGAGGAAAGGAUGUCCACGGCAAGAAGGCAAUGGCGCAGGAGCUCGCGAAGCUCGUAUUUGGCUCCAACGCCGAGUUCGCCGUGCUUAACUCCAGCAAAGACUCCUCAUGCAGCGCCGGACACCUCUCCCUCAAGAGGCACAUGCCGUGGGACAUAGACAAUGGCUAUGUCGGGAUAAGAUUGUUCGAAGCAAUCCUAGAAAACCGUCAUCGUGUUAUGUUUAUCGAUGAUGUCGACAAACUCGAUCCCGAGUCGGAAAUAGCAAUAGAGAACGUGAUCACGACGGGGAGAAUCAUGGGAUGCAAUGGCGGUGGCGUGGUCAGUCUGGAGGAUGCCAUUGUAGUGUUGAGUUCUGAGGCGUCUGAGUCGAGGUCGCUGGCUUCCUCAACCCAUCCGUCGAAGCGACAACGAACUCGUGAGUUAAACCGCGAGGAAGAUGGCGCGGAGAAGGGUGUGGAUUCACGUCGUUUUGCCUUUGAUUUGAACGCUCACCCAGAGGAUGUGGAAUCGACCGACGAAGGGGGGGUCAUGGGUGUUCUGGAUGGUGUGUUCUGUUUCAAUUAA